GACGUCCUCUCGAAGCGCCAGGCAGUCCGGGUAAAGGUAAAGAGGACGCGCUGAAGCGCGAGCCGCCGGCCCACCGCAUGGCUCUGCGGGCCCUGACCCGCGCCCUGGGCUCUCUGAGCCUGGCGCCCCCCGCUGUUUCCGCCCCCGUUCCUAGUGUGCUCCCUGCAGCCCAGGUGAUGAGUAAUGCCCUCCUUCAGCUGCCACCUGCCUCUAUGUUGCUCCCUUGCCGUCCGGUGCUUACUUCUGCGAGCCUUAGUGCCAAGUUUGUGUCCUGGAAGAGUCGUACUACUUACACUACUAAACCAGUGAAGAUGAGGAAGUCUGGAGGUCGAGACCACACAGGCCGCAUCCGAGUGCAUGGUAUUGGUGGAGGCCACAAGCAGCGUUAUCGCAUGAUUGAUUUCCUGCGGUUCCGGCCGGAACAGGAGACCAAGCCAGGACCCUUUGAGGAGAAGGUUAUUGUAGUCCGCUAUGAUCCCUGUAGGUCAGCAGACAUAGCUCUGGUUGCUGGGGGAGGCCGGAAACGCUGGAUCAUUGCCACAGAAAACAUGAAGGUGGGAGAUAUAAUCCUGAAUUCUAACCACAUAGGCCGAAUGGCAGUUGCUGCUCAAGAAGGUGAUGCACAUCCUCUUGGGGCUCUGCCCGUCGGCACCCUCAUCAACAAUGUGGAAAGUGAGCCAGGCCGAGGAGCCCAGUACAUCCGAGCUGCAGGGACUUGUGGUGUGCUGCUGCGGAAGGUGAACGGGACAGCCAUUAUCCAGCUGCCCUCUAAGAGGCAGAUGCAGGUGCUCGAUACGUGCAUAGCAACAGUAGGCCGAGUAUCCAACGUGGAUCAUAACAAACGCGUCAUUGGCAAAGCGGGUCGGAACCGCUGGCUGGGCAAGAGGCCUAACAGCGGGCUGUGGCACCGCAAGGGAGGCUGGGCUGGUCGGAAGAUUCGACCACUGCCCCCCAUGAAGAGCUACGUGAAACUGCCCUCUGCGGCUGCCCAGGGCUGACACCCAUGGACUCAUUUUAAUAAAGUGUUCCCCCAUUUUAUCUGCUA